UUGACGCACCGUCACAACAAAUGCAUCGUCAUAUUAUUUUUAUACAAUAUUUAGUGUACUAAUGAAUUAAGAAUUAUAUACGAAAAUGUCUUAUGGUACCAUAAACAGUUGUAGGGUAUCCGAAGUAGAUUUUGACAGUUCCAGUUUCAAUUAUAUCAUAAAAUCAAAGCAGAGCGAAAAAAUUUGCUUCGGAUCGACCACAAAGAGAAGUACCGAUCCGAUUGGUAAGUACUUGUCCCCGUUUCAAAAGAGAACCACCCGGGAGAUGUUCAAAACAGGUCCGGGCUCGUACAGCAUGGAAAUUUAUACGUCGUCAUUGUAUCCUAUACUUGAAAAGGUGAGAAGUAAGAAAGGUGUAGGUCCACUGGGAAGUUCCGACAAACGCUUUAAAGAUUUCAGAGUUGUAAAAACCCCGUCGCCCAACAGAUACAACCUGUCCCAAGAAAGAGAAGUGAAACCUUCAGCGGCACCUUUUGGAAUAAAGGCUAAAAUAGUUCGAACCUCUACUAAUGACAUUCCAGGACCAGCCACCUAUGACAUCAGAAAGCUUCGAAAAUGCCGCAGGAUCAGAUUUUCCAGUAAUUUUGGUAGACCGAAAUUGAUGUAUACGGUGGAAACGGUAUGCGUACCGGUACCAACUGAUAAAUGCCGGAAAUGCAAUACGGUUUGUCAGGGAGAUUAUUGGCAUCUGAAUUAUACGCAGUUCCUCUGUUCUUCGUGUUGGAACGCAGAAAAGUACUUAGAGGAGUUAUUAAGUAAAGACGAUCUUCAAAAAAUGAAGAAAAUUCGAAAUUGCGCAUUUAUGCAUAACCACGAAGGUACCAACGCGGCUGAGAUUAUCUUAUCGCCAGAAGCGAUUAGGAAGAAAAUUUACUUAGAAAAUUAUCUAGAUUUGUAUAUGAAAUGUUAAAUUACAAAAGAAAUUUAU